AUGUCUGCGCAUGAAGGACCAGUGGUGGCCCAGGGCAAUGGGGCUCCUGCUAGUAACAGGCAAACGAACUCAGUAGAACUGUCUAAGCUGAGACCUCUGCCCAAAGAGAAGGGCAAGCGGGUAAUUGCCAACCCAGACAAGGCUGAAGAAGGGCAAACGUGCCCACUGCCCAAGGAAGAAGAGGAGGAGGUACCCCUACUGAAGCUCCCCCUGCAGGCUCACCAUGCCAUGGAGAAGAUGGAGGAGUUCGUGCAUAAGGUCUGGGAGGGACACUGGAGGGUCAUCCCGUUUGAGAUGCUCCCUUACUGGCUGAAGGACAAUAACUAUUUGCUACAUGGCCACAGACCACCCAUGCCCUCCUUUCGGGCUUGCUUCAAGAGCAUCUUCCGCAUCCACACAGAGACUGGCAACAUCUGGACCCAUCUGCUUGGUUUCGUGCUGUUUCUCUUUUGGGGAAUCUUGACCAUGCUUCGACCAAAUAUGUACUUCACGGUCCCUCUCCAGGAGAAAGUGGUUUUGGGCAUCUUCUUUCUGAGUGUACUCGUGUGCCUCAGCUUCUCCUGGCUCUUCCACACUGUCUAUUGUCAUUCAGAGAAAGUCUCUCAGACCUUUUCAAAACUGUACUAUUCGGGGAUUUCUCUACUGAUUAUGGGGGGCUUUGUCCUCUGGCUCUAUUACUCCUUCUAUUGCGCCCCGCAGCCUCGGCUCAUCUACCUCUCCAUCAUCUGUGUCCUGGGCAUCUCUUCCAUCUUCGUGGCACAGUGGGACCAGUUUGCCACUCCUGAGCACCGGCAAACAAGAGCAGCAGUGUUCCUGGGACUUGGCCUCAGUGGUGCUGUGCCCGCCAUGCACUUUACUAUGGCUGAGGGUUUUGUCAAGGCCAUCACAGUGGGCCAGAUGGGCUGGUUCUUUCUCAUGGCUAUAAUGUACAUCGCCGGAACCGGCUUUUACGCUGCUCGGAUUCCUGAGCGCUUCUUUCCUGGGAAGUUUGACAUAUGGUUCCAGUCCCAUCAGAUUUUCCACAUCCUGGUAGUGGCAGCAACCUUUGCCCACUUCUAUGGGGUCUCCAACCUUCAGGAAUUCCGUUAUGGCCUGCAAGGUGGCUGUACUGAUGACUCCCUUCUCUGA